AUGGCGAUGGGGGAGGAGAGCAGCGGAGGUGAGGAUAGCAACCAGUGCAAAAUAGGGACGGCAGUUGGGGAAGUUGCAACCGGUUUGGGUGGAGAUGAUUUGGCACAUCACAAGGUUAGGGCCGAGAAUCAUGGGCUUGAAAGGUUGGAUAAGGAAAACAGAGACACUUGCUCCUUAGUUUUAGGUGUUCCAAAUUCAAGUGUUGAUGAGGGGACUGAAUUGGUGCUAUCACUUCAACCAGAGCACGUGCAAAGCAUUGUAGAAGGGGCUGGGCUGAGCAAACUUAAAAAACAAUCCACAUGGACUAGGUUGGCCCGUAUGGAUGUUGGGCCUGUGGAAUUAUUUAAAGAAGGAGCUAGGUCCAUAUUGGGGAAAAGGAACAUGCUAGCUAUGGGUGCUGAUGGGGAGGCAAAAGAUACAAUGAGUACAGGCAAGAGGGGGAAGAUUGUUCAAAGCCUUCACAAAUUAGUGAGGGAACAAGUUCAUAAUGUAUGUUUCUUGAAGGAAACAAGGUUAGAUAAAAAUGGUUUUAAGAAGCAUUGUGGUGACUUACCUUUUAAAAAUAAAUUGAUUCUGAAAAAGCCAAAUUCGGGUGGUGGGUUGGCAUUACUGUGGAAAGAGGAGAUGAACUUAGAUGUUAUUAAUUUUACCGAUAACCAUAUUUUAGCAAAGGUAGUGGAAGACGAUGGUUUUGUGUGGCACCUCACAGGGUUCUAUGGAUGGCCAGAGGCAAAUGAAAAGCGGAAGUCAUGGGCUCUUUUAACUCAUCUGCGGUCUUUCAUUGAGGGUCCUUGGUGUUGUAUAGGUGAUUUUAAUGCCAUUCUUCAUGCAUCUGAGAAGCAAAGUGCCCAUGCACCUUAUUAUAAUCAGAUGGAGGAUUUUCGGGUUGCUUUGGAAGAUUGUGGGCUGGUUGAUUUGGUGUUUCCUGGGCAUAAAUUUACAUGGACUAAUAGGCGGCCAGGUUCAGCCCAUACAAAACAAAGGCUGGAUAGAGCUACGGCUAAUAGGAUGUGGAUGGAAAAAUUUCCUGCAAGUUCGGUGUCUCAUUUGUUCAGCCAUGCUUCUGAUCAUUUACCUAUUUUGUUGAAAACUAUGAAGGAUCGGCAAGUUAGAGGAAGGGGGUUUGGUGGCUUCAAGUUUGAAGAGAAUUGGUUGUUGUGGGAUGAUUGUGAGGAAGUCGUGACUGAGGCAUGGGCAAAAGGUGGUGGUUACAACUCAGGUUUGAGGGGUGUUAGGGACUGUAUCCAAACUUUUGGGGCUGAAUUGUAUGCUUGGGGUUCUUCAAAGAACAAACCAGAAACUGAGGAGAUUAAGAGGCUACAAAAGAAAUUGGAAUUGAUGAAUGAAUGUGAGUUGACUGAAGAAAGCAGAAGUGACUUCCUACUGGAGGUGCUUUCCAGGCCAUAUAGCAGUGAAGAAGUUAAAGUAGCGUUGUUCCAAAUGGGACCAACAAAGGCUCUUGGACCUGAUGGUAUGAAUGCACUUUUUUAUCAAAAAAUUUGGCAUAUUGUGGGUAAUAAGGUGAUUGAUGCUGUGUUAGAUUUUUUACAUUCUGGUAAUAUGGAGCCUGAUGUUAAUUAUACUCAUAUUGUUCUGAUUCCUAAAGUUAAAGCUGAUCUUGCCACAGAUAAUUUCUUCUUCUCAAAGUGCUUUGUACCAGGUCGCCUUAUUACUGACAAUGUGCUUGUAGCCUAUGAGACUCUGCAUGCCAUGCAUAUUCGAAGGAAGGGGAAAAAGGGGGCUUUAGCCCUUAAGCGAGAUGUGAGUAAGGCCUAUGACAGGGUGGAAUGGAGCUUUCUUAUGGGUAUGAUGAUAAAAUUGGGUUUUCCGGAGGUUUGGGUGGAUAGGGUUAUGAGGUGUGUUUCUACACCAUCCUUCUCUGUUCGGAUUAAUGGAAAAGCCUAUGGCAAUGUCAUUCCUUCUAGAGGUCUUCGCCAAGGUGACCCGCUAUCUCCUUAUCUGUUUUUGAUAUGUGCUAAAGGUUUUACCUCACUCCUUGCUAAAGCAGAACUAGAUGGGAAGUUGCAUGGAGUGGCAGCUAAUAAAGAUGAAGUGCAGGUUUUUUCAGAUACCCUACAGCUUUAUGCUGAUGCUUCUGGCCAAUGCAUUAACCUAGAGAAGUCUUCUACUUACUUUAGCAGCAAUGUAUCUGUGGACCAAAAAGCAUGGAUUAUUGAUAAGUUGAAGGUGAAGGUCGUGGAAAGGUUUGAUUCUUAUUUGGGGCUGCCUACUUUGAUUGGAUGGAGGAAAUAUGAUUCUUUUGCUUUCCUUAAGGAACGAGUUUGGAAAAAGAUGCAAGGUUGGAAAGGAAAGUUGCUUUCUAGGGCGGGGAAAGAGAUUCUAAUAAAAGCAGUGACUCAAUCUAUUCCUACCUAUACGAUGGGGGUGUUUCAAUUGCCUGGAAAAUUAUGUGAUGAGUUGGAUGCUAUGUGUGCCAGAUUUUGGUGGGGCCAAGCAAAAUAUUUUCCGCGGUGUGAGUUCCUUGAGGCAAAGGAUUGUCAAAAUAGCUCUUAUGUUUGGAAGAGCUUGCUGGCUGCCCAACCGGUUUUGAGGAGAGGGUGUUAUUGGAGAGUGGGUAAUGGUGCUUCCAUCCAUGUUCUGAAGGAUUGUUGGUUAUCUAAUCAGCCAGCUAGAAAAAUUUUGUUCCAACCUGAGGAGGAUAUUUGGGAGUGGAGGGUUUCAGACUUAAUAGAUUGGCAGACCCACCAGUGGGAUAGAGAAUGGAUUCAGGCUUUAUUCCAUCAGUUUGAUGCUGAAGCUAUUCUUCAGGUUCCUUUGAGCAGGCGGGUUGUGCAAGAUUCCUUGGUAUGGUUGUUUACAAAGAAGGGCAGCUAUAGUGUGAAGUCCGGGUACCAUGUCGCUAAGCUAUUGAAGAUGGCAGAGAGUUCCUCAGGAGAGACUUCAGUGCAAAGAGCAAGCACUUCCUUAUGGUUACGGGUUUGGAAAGCAAAGGUCCCCAAUAAGAGGAACACGGUGUUGCAUGGGGGUGUUUUCCAACGCCCAUCACGGUCUCACCAACGUGCAUCAGAUUAUUUGAAAGAGUUUGUUGAGGCUCAAGACCAACUGAGUGUACCUGUAUUAGUCCACAUCCCUGCAAGUCAAGCAUGGCAGCCACCACAAGGAGAGUUCUUCAAGUUGAAUUUUGAUGGAGCCAGUUUUGAUAAUGGUGCGACUUCGGGAUAUGGUGCUGUUAUUCGCAAUAAGAAUUGGUGA